CAAAAUACAACUAACCUACAUCCUCAAUCCUGCACGUUCAAUCCUAUCAUCAUGCACACAUAUACACAAUCCAAAUGGCCACUUACUCAAACACAGACGACCAAUAACUCAAUAUGCAACGAAGACAAACUUUUAAUCAGUAUAUGCAGUACUUGCCGACGUAAUGGCCGGUUUGCUAAGUCAGCUGAAUAUAUGCCAUGUUUGGAUACAUAUCAUCUACACGUAAUCAGUUUAAACGUCGCUUCCUAGAUAUGCGACGAGAGCAUGUUCUAUUCUGGUUCAAUCAGAACAAGUUUUUUAAAUGUUUUGAUUGUAAUGUAAGUUUGAGUUAGUUUUGUUUUCAACAUUUCAUCAUAGAAGUUUCUAUUUGAAAUAAAUGAAGUAUGAAAAGGAAAGUUGAAAAAAAUAUGAAGAGACUAGGGUCUGAUUACAUCCCUCUAGUAGAUGGAGAAGGCAGCAGGUUGCGCCUAGUAAUUUCAUUCUCUAGGAUAGCAUGGUUUACUGUAUCAUUGCCAUUUUGUGGCUUUGCAUUUUGCAUAAUUUGGUCUAUUCUGUAUAAUUUUGAACAAGCUACAGAAACACACUGCAACGUGUACAACUUUUUACCAUCAGUAUCAGCUGCAAUUGGUCAUUAUAGGCCUCAAAAACAUAUUUGGGAAUUUACCAUUGCUGUACAAGCUAUCAUUAGACUCUUAGUAUUAUUUAUGUAUUAUGAAUAUUACAAAGACACUGCCUAUAAGUGGGCAAGAGGAAUAACUAAUUUUGCUCUUUUUAGUUACUUCUUAGAAAAUACAGCUUUAGUAACAUUGAGUUUUUGGUCUUCCAAUGAAAAUUAUGUUUUUCAUAAAAUAUCAUUUAUUACGUUCCUUCUAAUGUCUUUAAUGCACAUGGUUCUAUCUUAUAUUAUAGCCAUGAAUUGUUGCAAUGUUGCUAAAGAUACAAACAAUAGUAUAUCACUCAAAUGGAAGUUCAAUUCAAUGGUACUAAAUGUCACUGCUACAAUGUUGGCUUGCUAUUUCUUUUACAGGCACAACAAAUAUUGUGAACCAUUUGUUUACUCAAUGUUCGCAUUAGCUGAGUAUGUUGUAGUCAUUACGAACAUGGCAUUUCAUGUGACAGCAGCUUAUGAUUUUGCUGGCAGAAGUUUAUUGAUAUCUACAAAUGGAUUACGUAUUAUUUGAUUAUGUGGUUUCUUUGGAACAAGAUUUAUAAAAUGUACAUAUCUAUUUAUUCUAAAAAUAUAUUCAUUAAAAUUUGGUAAAAAACCUUACAAAAUAAAAAUUUUAUGAUGUUAGCACUUACAAAAAUUUAUACAGAUUUCACAAAGCUAUAAUAAAGUCUUCU